UGGCAACAUUUAGAUGUUCAGGGGUCUCAUAACUCGUGCGUGACUUUCCAUCACUAUUUUUUUUGUUUUGUUUAACUUGAACUAAAAUUUUAAAAUGUAUACUGUCUCAAAAGGACCCAGCAAAAUUGUAGCUAAAACACGAAGAGGUCUAUCACAGAACUUGGAAAGACUAGAUAGCCGCAAAGACAAUAAUAGGAAAUCAUCAGAAUCUGAUAAUGGAGAAAUUAUGAGUAUGCCCAAACCAGUAUUUCAUUCCAAUGGUAAAAAGACAAUACACCAAAGAAUACAACACCACGUGAUAACCCCACAGCACGAGGAACUCAUCAGGUUUAUUAGUGAAACUUGGACACAGUCAGCGUACGGAGAUAGUGAGCCAUCAACACCUACAACCUCAAUUGCAUCCGGCAGCUCAUCACCGGUGCCCCCCUCCAACCUGUACUACCAGGACGACCCCAGCCCCGUCCUGCAAGACUUCAAGCCCUUCGACCUGGAGACGUGGUGGGGCAAGCGCCUGUUCCAGAACAUCACAAACUCCCUCUGAGCUGCAGACGGACGGAACAUCUUAGUAUGUUAGCGUAAGUCACAAUCAUGUACAGUUUACUAAAUUUUUCUACAAUGUUACAAGCUCAUGCGGUGCUUGAUAUGUGCUGAGAAAGUCUAUUUAUAGAUCUGAAGCGAUGCUGAAAACUGUUUUUCACCACACCAUCCCAGAGCAAAUAUUAAAUGUAAAAUAUCAAACAAAACCAGACCAAAUUAAAUUCAAUUUUUUAUCAUCAUCCUUUAAAAGUCAAUUCUACCAUGCUAACAUAAGAAAACAACUCAAAAUUUGCAUUUGAUUACUUUGCAUCGCAUGUGAAUUACUGAUAGUAAAGUGCAACUUUGCUAUCCGUUUUUGAAGUGUAAAGUAAGCCUUUCCGAGCUGGUGUGGUGAAAACUUUCUUAACUACAUUGCACUAAACAAAUGCUACUUCUCCUUUUCCCCCUAAUGAUUUUUGAGAUUUUAGGUUUAAAAAUUGGAUAUCAUGUAGAGUUAGAGCGAGAUAAGUCUGCAGCGAUUUUGAUAGCCCAGACUGUGCAAG